AUCUUCCAUAGAGAGACACUCAAUGUGAGAAGGUGGAGGGAGGUGGGGAGGGAGGGAGCAGAAAGAAGAAAGGCAGGAAACAAAAGAGAAAAGAAGAAAUGAACAAGUCAAGCAAGGACAUCAGGGGAAAACUCAUUCAUUCACGCAUGCCUGCAUCCAUCCAUUCAUUCAACAAAUAUCUAUUGAAUUCCUAUCAGGCCCCAUUCUAGGCACUAAGGAUACAAUCAGGAAGCUCAAGUGACUGGCAACUGACUCAGCAUUUCCAGGUGACUCUGGUGUGUGCAUAUGUAUGUGUGUGUGUACAUGUGUGUGCAAGCCCUUCUGUCUGCAAGGGCCUGCUGCCGGGGCACCUGUCUCCCCUGGGGGCCUGGUGCUUUUAGCAUCUGUCCCUGGAUCCUGUUGCAGCCUGAAAUAAGGCUGUGAGCCACGACGAGGCAGGAACGAUUCUUGAUUCUCGUCAGCUGAGGCCGGAGUUGGCUGCAAGGGCACACCGUGCUCAGACUGGGCCCAGGACCACUAGCACCUCCACGACUACUCAGCUCUCAGCUUCCUGACAGAGGUGUUAAUCUUGAGGGUCUGACAUUCCCUCCUGCACGCUGUGGUCCCAUCACUCAGGAUGAUCCCUAAGGAGCAGAAGGGGUCAGUGAUGGCUACCAUGGGGGACCUCACUGGACCAGUCCCUUUGCUGGACCUGGGCAAGAAGCUGAGUGUGCCCCAGGACUUGAUGAUGGAGGAGCUUUCUCUACGCAACAACAGAGGUUCCCUCCUCUUCCAGAAGAGACAGCGCCGGGUGCAGAGAUUCACCUUUGAGUUUGCAGCCAGCCCGCAGGCGAUUGCAGAUGGAAGCACCAAGGGGAAGGUGCUGGGAACAGCAGAGCUGGGGACGGUUGCCAAUGGCCCCGAGGGGCAGAACUUCCACUCUGAGCUCCACAUCUUCCCAGCUUCAUCCCGGGGCCCUGAGGACACCCAGUCCGCAGCCUUCCCUGCAGAGCGUGCCCGCAGCCCCAGCGCCCUGGCACCAGGCUAUGCGGAGCCACUGAAGGGCAUCCCGCCAGAGAAGUUCAACCACACGGCCAUCCCCAAGGGCUACCGCUGUCCUUGGCAGGAGUUCAUCAGCUACCGGGACUACCAGAGCGAGGGCAGAAGUCACACCCCUAGCCUUGCCGAGUACCGAAAUUUCAACAAGACCCCAGUGCCCUUUGGAGGACCCUUAGUGGGGGAGACUCUUCCCAGGGCAGGCACCCCAUUCGUCCCAGAGCUCAUCAGUGGCUUGGAACUUCUUCGCCUCAGACCUAGCUUCAACAGAGUUGCCCAGGGCUGGGUCCGCAACCUUCCUGAGUCCGAGGAGCUGUAGCCCCAGCCUGAAUAUUCAAUUCCCAUCUUCAUGUUUGGGAGACAUCCUGGAGUCGACUUCUGGACAGCACUUCACAGUUUAUGAAGGGUCUUCACACACAAAAUCUUACUGCAAAUGGCCUCAAAGGCCACAAGGUUCAGUAGUCCCCAAAUGGGGUGUGUUUCAACAUUUCCUGGGGAUGAUGUUUUGCAUACAGACUUCUGGCCUGCCCCAGAUUUGCAGUAUCCAAAUCUCCUGAGUUGGGGGGACUUUCUAUUAGUAACCAACACUCCCAGCUGAUUCCAGUGAAACUUGUUCAUGGUUCACAUCUUUAGGAAUCCAAGCUACCAGUGAAUUCACAUCCAUGCCUCUACUCCCCACUCCCUGCUCUGGUACUCUACUAACACUCCCCUGACAGGGAGAUCCCUAGCAGCCCAUUUACCCAGUGGAUAACUCUGACAAUUAGAAAGUUUUUCCUUUUAUUGAGAAGCAGUUAGUUAACCUUAUUCAUGCUCUAAACAUUUGCUAAGUACCUACUGUGUGCUAGUUGCCCUGAGGUGAAUAAGCCCUGGCCUAGAGGAAGAGAAGACAGUAGGAAAGACAGGUUUAUAAAGCAUAGGUAAAUCCUGUUGAUUUUCCCUACAGAAUACUACCUGACAUCAGAGGAAGCAAGCGCCAUGAGUCAAGAGGAGUGGGUUCCUAACCCUGGUGGUGGGGAUGGGUACAGGAGGGGAAUUCCAGGAAGCCUCUCGGAGACUUUGGAGGUGGAGUGAGAGACAUCAAGGGAAGAGAGAGUGACUGGAGAGGACAUUCCUGCUGAGUGCACCAGCAUGUGCAAAGUGUGGAAUUGUGAAUAGGAGUAGGUGUGUUCUGGAGAAAGGAGGGGGCUGUGUUAGAGGGUUCAGUGAGGGCCAGCACAGAGUGGACUUUCCUGAGGAGAUGGGGGCAGCUUUUAAGCUGGGAAGUGAUGGAUCUUGCUAUGUGGGGACACAGAUUGGAGAGGACUAAGGCCAGAAGUCAGGAAACCUGCAGGGAAUAAGGUCUAGGCUAGGGCUAGGCUAGGGCUAGGCUAGGGAGAUGGCCAUAGGGAUGGAAAGAAGGGGCACCUUAUUGGACAGGUGCAAUGUGGGGCACCUAUAAGGUCUCCUCCUGUCUUUUCUCCUUGCACUCACCAUCUGGUGCAAGCCUGGGUAAAUCUUGUCCUAGCCUUCACCAGGGCUAGUUCAGGGUUGUAUCCAGCUCCCUAGGAAAAGGAGAGAAAGGAAUGCCUCUUAGUUCAACUGAUGAUGAUGAAGACAGUGACAAUGAUCAUGUUGGUGGCUGCUUUUUAUUAGGUGCCUCAGUGCUUGGGCUGGUAGUAGAUUCUCCACAUAUCCUAUUUCUUAUUUUCAGGACAAUCCUGAGGGAAAGGUAUUGUCCCAUUUUACAGAUAUAGAUAUCCAGGCUUGAAAGAAGUGGCUUGUCCAGGACCAGAGCCAAAACGGGAAUGUCUAAUUCUAGCAGCUGUCCCUUGUCACUGCACUGGGUGGCCAGGCCAAUGCCCCCUCACUCUGGAAUCAUCUAAGCAUGGUAUCCUGCCUUAGGGCUUAGAGUGAAAAGUGCAGGUGGGGAAGUCAGACUGGAUGGGAUGGGUUCUAGCUGCUACUGAUAGCUGUGUGAACUUAAGCAAGUCAUUUCUCCUGGGUAGGCCUCUGUCUCUCCACCUCUAAGAUGAAGACAAGGCCAGAAGCCCCUAGAGUGGGCUGUUGUGGCACAGUGAUGGAUGCAUAUGUAAGAAGUCCUUGGUCAUUAUUAGAUUUCCUGCAGCUUCUGCUCUUGACCGGAAAAGACUUUCUUGUUCUUGAGAAGCUGGCUGCAAGAUGUCAUUAGGGUCUGUAAAGCUGAAGCCCGAAGGAAAGCCUCUGAUUACUCCUUGUAGGACUCCUUGUGGACAUGGAAUUAUUCCCUUUCCCCCUGCCUCCCUCUGCCUCUUCCCUGCCUUUCUUAGGGAGAUGAGAAGGUGAGAGAUCCAGCUAGUUCCCAGGGUACACGGGAUAGUGGUUGCAUUUUCCUUUUGUUCCAGACUUUCACUGCACCCCACACAGUCGUGAGGGGCCAGCAGCCUGUUAGAGUUGCCUGCCAUUGAUGUGUUGUCUUGAAUUGGGGGGCUGCUGUUUAAAGCCAUGUUUGCAUGAGCUGAAAAACCAACCAUUAAAGUGUCUGACACAUAGAAGAGAGGAUUUGCACUACCUUGGAUUGACUCUGCUGUGUUCUGGAGGCUGAAGACCAACACCAGCUACAGGAGAGGAGAACCUGCUGCACCCAAAAGCAAAUCCUCAUUCUUUCUUCUGACAAUAUGACUUUUGCUGAUGUUGUUAAAAAAAAAAAAAAAAGGAAUGCUUGUUAUCUAAAUAAAUAAGUAAAAUGUAAAAAGACUGGCCCACAUAGCUCCUCCUAUGCUCAAAGAUAGACUUUCCCAGCCUCCUGCAUUCUGCUUCAUUUCCACAUACUGGACGUAACCACUGGUAACAGUUUGGAUCUUCUAGGAUUCUAGAAUUAUUUGAAUAGAUAAAUAUGUAUGUAGUGUAGUACAGAUGCAAAGGUGCAAAAAUAUGUCUUUGUCUAAUGGGAUCAUACCAUAUGUAUUAUUCUGUAUUUUGCAACUUUGUUUAACAGUAAGUAAAAUUUGGAUCCUGAAAGAGCAGGCCAUUAACCUUUCAUGUAAUUUGUGGGCCUUGCAAGCCCUUCAUAUAAAAUCAUUUUCUUUGCUUGUUCAUAUCAAAUUCUCUGCUUUUGCUUGUUCUGUUCCUUAAAUAAAUGAAAUCAUUCGGUGAUAAGGAAACAAAAAGGACAAAGAAUAGCCAGGAUGUUGGGAAAGCGGAUAUGAGCUAUCCCAGCACUAAGCAGACAGGAGCUGCAAUUACAUGUAACAGUGUGGGUGUGGCACAGAAACAAAAUGGCAAGCAAAGGAAGGGAUACAAACAUGCAUGUGUGUUGUUGCAAGAACGUGUUAAUAUAAAAGUCAGGACAGGGUUAACUUUGUGAGGAAAGAAAGGCUGGUGGUUGUGAAGGCAUAAAAUGCUUCUGGGGAAAGCUAGACAAUUUCUGUGGCUGGAUUUGGAUGACUGUUACAUAGGUGCUCACUUUAGAAUAUUUAACUUAGUGGUACAUCUGUGUUUUAUGCACUUUCUCUGUACAUGUGUUAUAUUUUACCAAAACAGUCCCUCCUUUUAAAAAAUGAAUGGACAAAUCAAUAGUAGAUCAGAUGUACCUGAUGAAAGAAUUAGUGAACUACAAGUGCCCAUAAUGUUUCAAAGAGAAGUAAAGAGAAUAUGAGAAAUUAAAAGACGUGGAAAAUAAAAUGAAAGUGUCUGACAAUACUGAUAGAAAUUCCAGAAGAUGCUUUAAAAUGACUGAGUUUUCUCUAGAUUUAAUGAAAGACAUAAAUUCACACAAUCUUUACCCUGUCAUGAGAAGGGAUAUUAAAUCUACACUUAAGAACCACUAUAUAUAGAUGCAGGUCAUGAUCCCGGGGUCCUGGGAUCAAGCCCUCCAUCAGGCCCCCUGCUCAGCAGGGAGCCUGCUUCUCUCUAUCCCCCUCCCCACCUCCUCCCUCAU